CAAAUGGAGAAYGCUGAUGCAGAGAGAGAUAUCUACGAUGAGCUUCUCACCCAGGCUGAGAUCCAGGGCAACAUCAACACGGUCAAUGUGAGCAAUGCCCUGGGUGCAGCUGAGCAGGCUCUGAUGGGUGGAGACGAGGAGAAGCUGUACUCUGCUCUGAAGGCUGUCGGGGUUCAGAACCUGCAGCCUCAGAACAAAGGCUGGUACCUCAAACAGCUGCAGGGUGAACGGGACAAUAAAGAGCAGACGUCUCCAGGAGAGCCUUUAACGAAAGAUGAGCUGCAGAGCGGUGUGGACGUGGCUAAUGAGGUUGCAGAAGGCUACAGAAAGAUGUUGAAGGCAGUGGAGCGCAUCAACAAUGCCAUCAGAGCGGGCGUGCCAGAGAAGACUGUGGAGGAGCUGAUGAACCCYGACGCCCAGCUGCCUGAGGUCUAUCCGAGCGCCGCAGAUCUCUACCAGAGGGAGCUGGCAUGUCUGCAGCAGCAGAGCCAGGAGGGCAACCUGACCCACCCUGAGCUGCUUGUGGCUGUUGAGAUGCUGUCCUCCGUGGUGYUGAUGAACCAGGCUAUGGACGUUGGAGACCGAGCGGCUCUUUGGAAACAGCUGUCCAGCUCAGUGACGGGCCUGAGCAACGUGGAGGAUGAGUACGCUCAGAGGUACAUGGACGAACUGAUGCGUCUGAAAGCUGCAGCCAGAGAGGAAGGAAACGACUUUCUGACCUGGAAYGACAUCCAGGCCUGCAUCGACCAAGUGAACCUGGCUGUGCACGAGGAGCAUGAACGAAUUGCAGCUAUUGGCCGUAUCAACGAGGCGCUGGAUGAAGGGGACCCCAUGAAGACCCUGGAAAUGCUGCAGAACCCUGCAGCCAAGCUGACAGACGUGGACCCCCCUGUGGCUCAGCACUACCAYGACAUCCUGCUGGAGACGCGCAGAGAGAAGGCUCAUGAGACACAGGAUCCCUCUGCUGUGCUGUGGCUGGAUGAGAUCCAGGAUGGUAUUUUAAGGUCRAACCAGAAUACAAAGGAUGCCUUACAGUUCUCUCAGUCCAUCCAGGCCAUUAAUGAGGCAGUGGAAGGUGGAGAUGCAGCUCAGACUCUGGCUGCUCUGCGUAAUCCUGGAGCAGGACUUUAUGGCGUCACUCAGGAGUGUGCUCAGACCUAUCAGGACGACUUGGCCAAAAUUAAAGAGGACAAAAAGAAAGAAGGAGAYAAUGGCAGUGACUGGGUGCAGCACUGGGUGAAAGGAGGACACAACUAUUUCUACAACCUGCAGACCAAGGAGGGCACGUGGGUGCAACCAGAGGGCUUUGUACCAAACAACACCCAGCUUAACAAAGAGGACAUCCAGGGGGUGGUUUCUGGGGUAACCACAGCUUACAACCGAGAACAGCUCUGGUUGGCCAAUGAGACUCUAAUCACAAARCUUCAGGCUCGUUGUCGAGGUUACAUGGUUAGAAAAGGCCUGAAGGAGAGGAUGGACUUCCUGAAAUCCCAAGACCCAGCUGUCACACGCAUACAGGCCCACUGGAAAGGUUACCAACAGAGGAAGGCCUUUAAAGAGCGCAAGGAUUACCUGAAAGAUCACACCGAAGAGGCUGUGAAGAUCCAGUCCAUGGUUCGCAUGCAUCAAGCUCGUAAGAAGUACAGGGAUCGUCUCAAGUACUUUGAAGAUCAUAUCGAUGACGUGGUKAAGAUUCAAGCUUUCAUUCGAGCCAACAAAGCYAGGGAUGACUACAAGACUCUAAUCAGCGCUGAGGACCCGCCCAUGGCCGUGGUGCGGAAGUUCGUCCACCUGCUGGACCACAGCGAUCAGGACUUCCAGGAGGAGCUGGAGCUGAUGAGGCUCCGUGAGGAGGUGGUCACAAACAUCCGCUCCAACCAGCAGCUGGAGAAUGACCUGAACCUGAUGGACAUCAAGAUCGGCCUGCUGGUGAAGAACAAGAUCACCCUGCAGGAGGUGGUGUCCCACAGCAAGAAGCUGACCAAGAAGAACAAGAGYCAGCUGUCAGACAUGAUGAUGAUGAACAAGCAGAGGGGGGGCCUGAAGGCUCUCAGCAAGGAGAAAAGGGUCAAGCUGGAGGCCUAYCAGCACCUCUUUUACCUUUUACAGACCAACCCAACGUAUCUGGCCAAGCUGAUCUUCCAGAUGCCACAGAAUAAAUCCACAAAGUUCAUGGAUUCUGUCAUCUUCACUCUGUAUAACUACGCCUCAAACCAGAGAGAGGAGUACCUGCUUCUCCGACUGUUCAAGACCGCUCUGCAGGAGGAGAUCAAGUCAAAAGUGGACCAGAUGAAGGAGAUCGUCACAGGAAACCCAACGGUCAUAAAGAUGGUGGUGAGCUUCCACAGAGGUGCGCGGGGACAGAACGCUCUGAGACAGAUCCUGGCUCCGGUUGUCAAGGAGAUCAUGGACGACAAAACGCUGAACAUCAAGACGGACCCKGUGGACAUCUACAAGGCCUGGGUGAACCAGAUGGAGACGCAGACGGGAGAGGCCAGUAAGCUGCCUUAUGAAGUUACUCCAGAACAAGCGAUGGCCCACGAGGAGGUGAGGGCAAGACUGGAGGCCUCCAUCAAGAACACAAAGACCAUCACUGACAAAUUUCUGUCUGCAAUCAUCGUCUCAGURGACACGAUUCCGUAUGGAAUGAGAUUCAUCUCCAAAGUGCUGAAGGACACUCUGCACGAGAAGUUCCCUGAUGCUACAGAAGACGAGCUGCUCAAGAUUGUGGGGAACCUUCUGUAUUACCGCUACAUGAACCCUGCCAUCGUGGCGCCUGACGCCUUCGACAUUAUCGAGAUGUCCGCUGGYGGUCAGCUGACAACCGAGCAGAGGAGAAACCUGGGCUCUGUGGCCAAGAUGCUGCAACAUGCCGCUUCCAAUAAGAUGUUCCUGGGAGACAACGCACACCUGAAUCCCAUCAAUGAAUAUCUCACUGCAUCCCACCAGAAGUUYAGGCGUUUCUUCCUGGCAGCAUGUGACGUUCCCUCACUUGAAGAUAAGUUCAACGUGGAUCAGUACUCUGACCUGGUCACAGUCACCAAACCUGUCAUCUAUAUCUCCAUUGGAGAAAUCAUCAACACUCACACUCUGCUGCUGAACCAUCAGGACGCCAUCGCUCCAGAACACAACGAUCCUAUCCACGAGCUGCUCGAGGACCUGGGUGAAGUUCCCACUGUGGAGUCUCUCAUUGGUGAGAAUCCUCUCCCCCCCGAUGACCCCAACAAGGAGCUGAUGGGGAAGACGGAGGUGUCUCUCACACUCACCAACAAGUUUGAUGUUCCUGGAGAGGCCAAUGCUGAGAUGGACGCCAGGACCCUCCUGCUCAACACCAAGAGGCUCAUCGUGGAUGUGAUUCGCUUCCAGCCUGGAGAGACUCUGACUGAGAUCUUGGAUUUGACAGCCAGCCCAGAACAGGAAGCAGAGUAUCAGCGAGCCAUGCAGAGGAGGGCGAUCAGAGACGCAAAGACUCCAGAGAAGAUGAAGCAGGUGAAACCAGUGGUGGACGACAGCCUGACCCUGCAGGGCAAAAAGGACAAGAUCAAGAGUAACCUGCAGAGGCUGGCAGAGCUGGGAAAGGUUCACCYCGAGAACCGCUACCAGGACCUGAUCAACGACAUCGCCAAGGACAUCAGGAACCAGAGGCGUUACCGUCAGCGCAGGAAAGCUGAGCUGGUGAAGCUUCAGCAGACCAACACCGGCCUGAACUCAAAGACCAGCUUCUACCACAUGCAGAUCGAUUCUUACAAUCAAUACAUCAAAACCUGCAUGGACAACCUGGCCAGCAAGGGCAAGUUGUCGAAGAAACCAGGUGACAACAAGGCCAAGAAGAGCAAACAGGUUUCCCAGAAAUACACAGCAUCUCGGCUCCAYGAAAAGGGUGUCCUGAUUUCAAUAGACGAUCUGCAGCCCAACCAGUACAAGAAUGUUAUUUUUGAGAUCUCUCCAUCUGAGGCUGUGGGAGUAUUUGAUGUCAAAGCCAAACUCAUGGGCGUACAUUUGGAGACAUUACAGUUAGAAUAUCAGGACCUCCUGCAGCUGCAGUACGAAGGCGUGGCGGUGAUGAAGCUCUUCGACAGAGCCACUGUCAACGUCAAYCUGCUCAUCUUCCUCCUCAACAAGAAGUUUUAUGGCAAAUAGUAAAAACCAGAAGAGCAAAGGGCUACAGACAAUGCAUUUUCAUCACAAAACUAGCCUCUAAGGGGGCGGUGUAUGUAACUUUGUCUCUACAUUCCUUACUGCACUUUUCAGCUGUGCCUAUGCAAAUCUGUGCUUUUUUUCCUCUCUCUCUCUGUGGACCACCACAUGUGCUUUACUGUUAUUGUCCUUCCGUCUUACUGUAACUGCAUCUUGGUCAUAAAUGUGUAUUUUUGCUUUCAGUUUUAUGAAUAUUAUAUGCAUGGCUUUGAAUAAUUAUAAAAACUAUGUAAAGAUAUCUAUGUUUUUGUAGCUGUUGCUAAAUCUUUUCAUUUCACUUGCCUGAUGAGCGUGUUUGAUAAAGGCCUCAGUGGGACGGUGGUACACGGCAGCAGGUUGGAGUCCAGGUUUUUAUCUUGUACUGAACAAAUAAAAGCAAAUAUGGAGAAAUGAUGCACUUCUUUUCUUCUAGACAUAAAACUCUGUAGUUAACUGUUCUCACAUUAUUAUUAUUUUUUAUGAUUUGAUGUUUACACAUCUGAUCUAUAGAGAGAACUGGUUGUAUAUUUGAGUAGAAAAUCUGAUGCUGUCUUCAAAACCGUUUUUAUAAAUGUAUUUCCUGAUCAUGAGUCACUUAGUUCAGCUGGAAACCAGACUGUCUGGCUCUAACCUGGCCUUUUACCCACUUGUGUGACCAGUCCAGAUGUUGGUUUGUUUUGUGAUUACAGCASCCUCUAUCUAAUGCACAACAAAGGGCUUAAACAUUCAUCAUUUACUAGCUUUUCAAACAUGUAAGAACUGUUUUUUUUUUGUUUUGUUUUAGUUUUAAUACAAAUKUGUCCUUCAGGUUGCUAACCUAGAGACAACUAAGACAAACUGAUUUCAUUCCAAAAUCACUGCAGGAUAAAAGCAUCUCUUCAUCUGGGAGUCAUGGUUGUUUUAGUUUUUAUUUUUCUGUUGUCUUCUUGAAAAUACUUCAAAUUUGCCUUUAUUUAUAUUUUGUAUGAUGUCAGUCUGUAGCAAAUGAUUGUCCCUGCAGAACCUGACGGAUCAUUAGAGGAAGUGCAGUAUUAACCCUGGAGAUCCACCAAAUGACACUCUGCACCAUCCUGGUUUAGUUUUUUUUUUUUUUUUUUUUUUUUUUUUUUUUUUUUUUUUUUUUUUUUUUUUU